CAUUGAAUUUCGGGCUUACGCCUCUCACAACAAACUAAAGCGGUCCCCACUCAUAGCGCAUCAUAAACCGCUGAUCUUGUCCUGAUAAUUUUGAUGGCUACAUCCAACGGCCAUGAGUUCUUUAGCAUCAGAAAACACGGCAAUUCGCCUGAAACAGUGGGACCUCAAAAGAAUCAAGGGCCUCCACAUGGCCUCCACGUGUCCUUAAGGAGUCCGAAAUUUUUCCUAAAAUACAAAAUCAUAUAACGACCUAAUCAUUGCUGGGUCCCUUUGCUUGUCGCUAAGGGCAAAGCUUGGGGAGCUUAACAGUCACAAAUUACUCGCAAAAUCCACCAUUGGCUUAGAACCUCAUCCUACGGUUGAUAUCUUGCCACGUAAUCACUACCUUUGCUCAAUUUCUUCUUCACUAAUUAAAACCAUUUUUACUCUUCCCAUUAAACCAUCCUUCCUUUCUUGAGCUCCUUUCUCUCUACAUGGAGUUUGAUACUAGCUUUAGAGAUGAUUUUGCAUCUCUUUCUGGUAUAUUCUCAAAUAAUUUUAUCGAGAAAUCAGAGUCUGGCUAUGGAUUAUCUCUUCCCCUUGAGGAUUCUUCCCCCAAGAGUUUGUUUCACAACUUGAUCCAUCCUAACCAUAACACCUUUCUGAAUCCUCCCCAUUUCAACCAAUUUUCCGUCAAAGGGUCCUCGGAAAAUAUCUUUUCUGAGACAUGCAUUGACCCCUUUCAGACCUAUGUUGGAGGUUCAAUCGAUAAUCUCAAUAGUGCUUCUUCGCUAUAUAACUCCAAGGGAUUGGUUUCGUUAACAAAGGGGUUUUCUUCACAGCUUAUCGAUCAAAAUGCAAAUGUUGGCGGAGAUAGCAAGGAAGUGAUUUCUCACAAAUCUCUUAACACAAACGUGAAUGAUCUACCUUUAUUGACUACUCAUGGUGUAAUUACCCUUCAACAGGGUUUACAUAGAGGGGGAUAUUUAGAUUUUUCUCAAAAAAAUUUAGUGCAAUUUAUGCCUGAAAAUCUUCCGACUUAUCCAUUAUUAGUGAAUUCUCAAGAUUACUAUGGAUUUUGUACAAAAGUGCCCGAUGAGCUCUCAUGUGUAACUGGGGAAAAUGGCUGCACUGACCCAAAAGUUGAUCAGAAGAUGAACAAGAAGAUGAUGCUGGAAAAAAGGGAGAGUGAAGCUCCCAAGCAGGCCAUUAUAAUCAAAGGCCAAUGGAGUGCUCAAGAGGACAUACAAUUGGAGCAAUUGGUAGCGAGGUAUGGAACAAAAAAAUGGUCUCAAAUUGCAAAGAUGUUGAAUGGGAGAGUGGGGAAGCAGUGUCGAGAGAGAUGGCACAACCAUUUGAAGCCUGAUAUCAAGAAGAAUUCAUGGAGUGAGGAAGAAGACAAAAUACUGAUUCAGGCACAUAAAGAAAUAGGAAACAGAUGGGUAGAGAUAGCCAGGAGGCUACCUGGACGUACUGAGAACACCAUAAAAAACCAUUGGAACGCUACCAUGAGACGCCAGCAUUCUCGUCGCAAGAGCAAGCACUCCAACCCUCAGGACUCUCUCCUGCAGAAGUACAUUAAGAGUGUCACUACUCGUGCAACUUCAACCAAGAAGGGUGACAAGGGCAAAAAUAUUGUGCAGAAGGAGAAUCCAAUGCCAAGUGUGAAUGAGUUCCCAACAGCAGAGUGGCAAGCUCGUGAAUCUGAGCCUAUUGAUUUCUCUUUUGAGAUGAAUGUGUUUGGAGAAAGUUACUCCAGCUUUGCAUCGAUGCUUGAUGAGGUGAGCAGCAACAGCAUGGUGGAAAUGGAGAGCUUGAUGGAAGGAGAGAAGAAGGAUAUGGAUUUGUUGGAGAUGCUCUCCCAUGGAAGACUCUAAGCUUUACUUUAAGCUAUCAGAAGUGUUUUCUGCGAGGUAGUUUGUGAGGGAAAUGGAGGGUGUAAGGAGGGUUAUAGAUAGAUGGCAUUUUAUGAGAAAUUAGUUAGGUUUCUGCCUGUUAUGCUUUGCGUUUGUGACCUGUGGUCUUGCAACCG